GUAAAUGGCGCUUUAUCUGAGUAAACAGAAUAAAUGUUUUACAGAUUAUCAGACCGGUUUUCAUAUAAUUGAUUUUAAUGUAUUAUUUUGCAGUAAUGUUGAUAUUUCUUUGCCUUUCUUUUAGAGACAUAAAAUGCUCUGAUAAUCGUAUCUCAUUCGUUCUUUUAUCUGUUUUACAUGAAUAUUACAGAGACAUUAAACGUACACUCUUUCCAUUUGAGAAUGAAAAGAUGACAAGUCAAUAACUAAGUAUAUUAUAAAUCAUCAUUGCUAUUUUGAAAACGGUUUACUAUCUAUGUAAAUCUAACUUAAAACGUGGGACAUUAUCUUCAAUAUGAUACUGUUUCCCCCCCAAAGGGGGCAAGCUCAAUUAAUGGUUUAAGGCAGCAUGAGUUUUUGAGUAGAAGAAAAGUAUAUAUACUAUAUAAUGAGUGAAGAGGUGGGGGAGGGAGGAGAUGAACUAAUUA